AGUUGUUACCAUAACUACAUCCGCCUUGACGCAGCCGUUGCUCGACUGUUGGCUGAAAAAUAAAAUCAUCGAUUACCGACUGAGAGCUGCAGGAGAAAAUCGUUGGAAAAUAGUGUUUUAGGGCAAAAUUACGUUGUAUGCUUCGAGCAGGUUUGGAGACGAGUAUUUUCUGUCGGUAAAAUGGGAAACUGCUACACCGUUGGACCAAACGAGGCCCUGGUGGUUUCAGGUGGCUGCUGUGGCUCAGAUCAGAAGACGUAUGUGGUGGGAGGCUGGUCCUGGGCCUGGUGGCUCAUCUCUGACAUCCAGAGGAUAACGCUUGAGAUUAUGACCCUGCAGCCCAAGUGUGAGGAUGUAGAGACAGCGGAGGGUGUAGCUAUUACUGUCACUGGGGUGGCUCAGGUGAAGGUGAUGACAGAAGACGAGCUGCUGGGUUACGCCUGUGAGCAGUUCCUCGGGAAGUCAGUUGUUGAAAUCAAGAGUGUCAUCCUGCAGACGCUUGAGGGUCACCUGCGUGCCAUCCUUGGCACACUGACUGUUGAACAGAUUUAUCAGGACAGAGACAAAUUUGCCGGUCUGGUGCGAGAGGUAGCUUCACCUGAUGUUGGUCGUAUGGGCAUCGAGAUCCUCAGCUUCACCAUCAAGGAUGUUUAUGAUAAAGUGGACUACCUCAGUUCACUGGGCAAAACUCAGACAGCCGCAGUACAGAGGGAUGCAGACAUCGGAGUGGCAGAGGCAGAGAGAGACGCUGGCAUCAGGGAAGCUGAAUGCAAGAAAGAAAUGAUGGACGUUAAGUUCUUAGCAGACACAAAAAUGGCCGACUCCAAACGAGAGCUGGAGAUGCAGAAAGCCUCCUUCAACCAGGAGGUGAACACAAAGAAAGCAGAGGCUCAGCUGGCAUACGAGCUGCAGGCGGCCAAAGAGCAGCAGAAGAUCCGUCUUGAGGAGAUUGAGAUUGAGGUGGUGCAGAGGAAGAAGCAGAUCACUAUUGAGGAGAAGGAGAUCGACCGUACUGACAAGGAGCUGAUCGCUACAGUGAAGAGACCCGCUGAGGCUGAAGCAUACAAGAUGCAGCAGCUGGCCGAGGGACAGAAGACAAAGAAGGUGCUGACGGCGCAGGCUGAAGCCGAGAAGAUCCGCUUCAUCGGUGAAGCUGAGGCAGCCUCCAUUGAAGCUGUCGGAAAGGCCGAGGCUGAGAAGAUGAGACUGAAAGCUGAAGCCUACCAGCAGUACGGAGACGCUGCCAAGACAGCUCUGGUCCUGGAAGCUCUGCCCAAGAUUGCUGGUAAAGUUGCUGCUCCGCUGGCCAGGACCAACGAGAUCGUCAUCCUGAGUGGAGAAAACAGCCGCGUGACCGGAGAGGUGAACCGCUUGUUAGCCGAGCUCCCCGUGUCCGUCAACGCACUCACAGGGGUGGAUCUGACCAAGAUCCCUCUGCUGCAGAAGAUGAUGACCCCGCCAUGCCAAACAACCAUGUGAUGAACCGGUCCACUUUUUCUGAAUCCUCAGAUGUUUAUCUGCCUCAAGCAUGGAAAUCUGUUUUUUCAGCCUCUGACCCCCUUAUGCAAACUGCCUUUGACCAGAAACACUUGACGCAAACAGAGAGGUUUUUUUAUAUUUUUAAGAGGUUUUUAAUUUUCUUAAGGAAAAACGAGCUUGGGCCUUAAAACUGAAGGACCACACUGUUUGUGUCUUUAUCGUUUUAUUUUUAGAUGUUGAUUUGUAUCGCUUUGCACUAGUUAGCCAGCAAUAUAUGUUGUAAUCCUGUCCAGUUCUACAAGCCACCCAAACAGAGUAUUUCAGGACUUGAAGGUAGAAUCGUUCUGUUCUAAUGUGUGUUGAAGAUUGUUAAUAAAAUGAAAAACACCACAGCCUUUAGAACGAGUUCAAAACAUGAAGAAGUAAGGGAUUAAUGUUUGAACUGAGCGAUGUUUAAAUGUCUACCUGAAGUGUAGGGGUCACCACUUCCCCGUCAGGUGUUGUUCCUUGCCCCUGCUCUUUAUUAAACAACGUAUCAUAUUCUCAGUUAUUGAAGUAGUCUUCGACAGUCUGAGCACAGCAUGGAUCAGGCAGCUUUUAUUCCCUCUUUGCUUUUUAAAUCAAGCUGAAAUAACUCGAUAACUUGUUGGAUUACCAAAACCUCUGUUACACUUAACACUCACCAGAUCUUCAUCCACUGUAAUUGUAAGACUUACAGUACGUUAGGAUACCAGUGAUCACUUGAAUCGCUUGUAUGCUGUUACCUCGUGGUCCAUCGUCUUGUCCCCUUGUCUUUGUCGUUCAGAUGUGCAGUGCCUGUUCAACACUCAAGUGCCCAAACCUUCAGGACCAUGGUUUGGCUUCAGUUGGAUUUAUGUCUGAGUAUAUAUCCGUGUUAUCAAUGGAAGGUGUUUUAGAUAUCGCUCUCUGUUCUCUUAAAAUCUGCUUUUACUAACAACAGGUUACUCUCUUUUGUCACGUGCUUCAAACAAAGGCAGAUAAAUAAAUGUUGAGCUAACUCAUAACACAAAGCCAUAGUUUGCUGUGAUAAGCCUUAAAAGACUCUCUGGACACCUGCAAAGCUAGAUGAGCAUUUUCUUCAUCACUCAUGUAGCACAGGGUCAGAGUUUUCAUUCAUUUCCUCACUGUCUUUCCUUCUCUGGGACAACCUUCUUCUCAGACGUGACCACUUAUUCUCAGAUACUUUUACUUUAACUGUACAUAUUUUAUACUUUUACAGAGUAACACGACAUCUCUUGAAAUUUGAAGUUGCUUUUGCUGCCACACCCACAUUGUGAUGACAAAUGAGGAACUUGUUGCAUGAGUCAAUUAGUGACUCGUGAUGAAAGAUAAGCAUGUGAUCAGGACGUGAACGCAGCACUCCACGUAGUGCUUGCUCUCGGAUGGUUUUCAGUCGGUAAAUGGAAUGUGGAGCAGUUUGAUGAUGCAAUGUGUGACACAAUCAUUUUGCUCCUGAUCAGGUCAGUCUAAUGAAAGCAGGAAGCCUGUUAAAAUCAGUUCAUCGGGGGCCCGUUUUUUCAAGUUCAGUGUAGAAGACUGAUACAGAUUUAGCAAUCCUCUUUCUUUUUUUUUGGUCAAGGAUCAGGUAAUCCAACUUGCUGUCCUCCUUGUAUUUUCAAAUAAACUGUGUUGGAUGAACCUGUCAAAGAUGAAUCCAGUGCUACAAAAGAGACUACAUGCUGUUUACUUUGUCCACAGGGGGCGCCAAAAUCCACACAAAAUGAAAGAUCCUGACGGGUACGUUCUGUCAGAUAUUUAAUGUGUGAUAUCAGCAGCUUUUUCACUGCAUGAAGUCUACAUUGUUUUCCAUUUCAUGGUGGAAAUUAAGCAAUUUAAGUAGAACUAUUUUAAGUAUCAACACCAAUGUAAAAACAACAUUUUGUCUCUCUGAUUUUAACGCUGUAAUCCGGUAUAAAUCUGGCCCUCUGCUGGAAUCGGGCAAUCCUGAUUAUUUUUUUUUUGGAUCAAAGAUUUUUAAUUCAGAUAGAAACAGACUGGGUUACCUGAUUUUUUUACUUUUUUCUGAAGUACAGUCCGUUUUCAAGAUAUGAUCCAAUCCAGAAGCUUUAAUCUAAUCAGAUUUACUUUGAACAGAUGAGCUCAAAGGACAGUAAAUGUGAGGGACACUGUACACCAAGGUUCAACCUCUAGAUGGCAGCAUCUGAGAGGAAUUCAACUCGCUCUGAGUUCAUUGCUGCCUGGUAGAGAUUUAAACAUGAACCUUUAACCAGUGAAGUGCUUUGCUUCUUGUGAGUCACAUCAUAAAUAAUGACCACUUUUCACAAUCAUAACCUGGAAGGGAUUUUUCCGCUGAAGUUCAAGUAGUCGUACCACUCUUUCUUUAUUUCUGUGAAUAAACACGAGGCUUCUGGUUUGUUUUAUGUUCCUAUUUUAUCAAAUGAAUGUUAUUCUUUUGUCCAAGUUUAUCUCAGUUUUAUGCAACUUUCUCACUUGUUGAAGAUGAUUGUAUUAGCACUGCCUGGCUUUCUACGAAUGCCAUGUCAAUAUUUUGAUAUUCUUUGUCAUAAAUUGAUGACCAGUAUUUUAACGAAGUGAUUGAAUUUAGUGAUUCACAUGAUCAUUCAAGCUCUGGUCCGCAGGGGGAUCGCCUGUUACAUUUUUAAUUUGGCUGCACAGCACACGAUUGACUUUCAAACCUCUCUCAGACUUAAAAAUUGAAACUUCAUACACCCAAGCAGAAGCCUGUCCUCUUAUUUUAAAUCCUGAUACUCUGAGGUGAACCAGUAGAAGAGUCAAUCAGGCCUUUUACACCUCUGACCCACAGAAUUCAACCUUCUGAGUGUUUGUUUCCAGAAUGUGUUCUGUAAAAGUAUCUGGAUAAUGUCAGAUGAAACUCUUUAUACGCUCUUGUUAUUCAGUAUAGUAGCUUUCUGUACACAGUGCCUUUGGUAAAUAAAGAACAGCUGAUUCAUACUUCAAAAUGCAGGUUGUUGACUGUAGUAAUCAGAGGUGCUGAUGGGAUAAUCAAACAUGACUGUAGAGAGAGUCACUUGUAGAAAUGUGGAUGUUAUACCUCUAUGAUGUUCAGCUGUAACCUUCUCUUUUACUACUCUCUCUGUUUAUAUUCUUUAUGAAAGUCUGCACUUCAAAUAUACAAGGGAACAGAUGUAUGUAUAUAUCAAAUUGCUUUAGAUAUAAUUAUAAAUGUAGCAUUAAAUACCUUUUCCUUUAAAAAUCCAGACCUCCAAAUGCCUUUUCACUCAUAGUUUUGGCCGUCGUAUGGUGUGCCAACAGAUCAACUUGUUUUAAUUUGCAUUAAUGAAUCAGAAACUGUUCCUUAAACGUGGCAUUUCAGAGGAGAAUGUGGUUAAAGACCAAACACUAACGACCUACGCCUUAACUCUUGUCUUCAUCUGAAUCAUGUUCAUAUGUCGUCUUUCAUGGAAAUCAUCUGUAAUCUGAAGUUAUUCAAAGUAUAUUGUGGAUUAAUCUUGUGACUUCUCAUGUAACACUGGCCUUUGGAGACCUGAUCCAGCAUGGCAUUUCAAGCAUGUGUUCAUGUUAUUCUCUUGUGUGUGCCACCCUAUAAUAAAUGUUACACCACUUCA